CAUUGCAGCCGACGGUACGAAAAUUGUUUCGGCUUCAAUAAAUGAAAACCGAAAAGAAAAUAAACAAAUCGCUGCAGCAUUAAAUAAGUUUCGUCCGAUUAAACAGUGGCACAUUCGAGUAUAUUACGCAUACGCCGCGUGUGCCAGACUUCGAGUUUGCUGUGUAACUCGGUAAUCUCUGCAAAAUGGCUGCCAUGCAGUCUGGCGGAAGACCCCGCGAGCGUCUGCUCUAUGCCUUUCGGGGAUGGAUUGCCUUUGUGGCUUUCAUGGAUUUGGGGACGGCAUUUCGUAGCUAUAUAGAAAGGCGCAGCUUCCUAGGCGAUCAUAGUGACACUCAGUUUAUAGAAGGUGACUACACAAUAUCACGCAUAAUUGGCAUGUACUGUCUGCUCAAGGCCAUUGCUCUGGUCCACUGUACCCUCUACAUCCAUUAUAGACCGGUGGUAAGCAUGGGCGGGUGCUCUCUGGCCCUCACCAUGGUCUUCUAUGCCACCGAGGCGCUAUACUUUCGCUCCAGCACCAUAAACUUCUACGUGAUCUUCCCUUGUGUGCUGAACACUAUAACUCUUCUGGGCCUAAUCUAUAUACCCAAACGACUGCGGCUCUGGGAGCCAAACAUGGAUCUCGAUGAUGAAAAUUCGCAGCUUCUGAAGCAGAUGACGGGCUUUAAAAGGCGUCGAGCGAAAAAACAAUAAUGUAAUGUUUAAGCGGGACUUAGAGAAGAGUUUCCAGGAACACAGUAUUGUGUAGGAAUCGCAAAUUUUCCGCUUUGGACUGCAUUGGUGUGAUAGAAAUGGCAUCAAGUUCAUCAUUAUACCUUAUAGCAAUACUGAAAACAACGCCAAAUUAGUGAUUUUCUAUGAACUAGUUACGAAAAUAAGUCAAUUUCUGGCAUAAUCACUUCAAGACAUACAUAUACUUCCUUUUUAUGAACCAUAUAUACAAGCAUAUAUAUACAUUUAGAAAUGUAUAGCACAAUAGUGAGUUUUUGCACUUUUAAGAGUUGAAAAUCGAUAUUAGGAAUCAUUUGAACAUUAUCAGAGUUAGCACCCAAGUUAAACAAUUAAAAUCGAAAGGCUUUAAAUUUAAAUAUAAGUUUAUAAUCAUCAUUAGUGUUA